AUGAACGAUCGGCAGCAUAGUGCCUCUCGCCAUAGCCUCACCAGACUUGCCCUCCACCUCUCCAAAACCACCAGUAAAACCACCGCCACAGCUAAAACUCUCUCCCCAGAAGAUUUCACCGCCUACAUCAAGGACCCUCGCUUCAACCGGACCUUCAAGCUGCCGGCCGAUCCGUCGCGCGGCCGCCACAAACCCUUCCAGGUCUCCUACGCCGACUUUGGCUUUCAUCGCGAAGAUGCCAGCGAUGAUGAUGGUGAGGAGCAGGUGCUCCUGUUCUUCGGGCCGCUCAUGUCUUCACGGCUGUUCCAUGCGGCCAAGGAUGGGCUGGCGAAGAGGUACAAGGUCCGCAUCGUGAAUGCAGAACGCCCGGGCAUUGGCAAGACGGACAGCGUACCGGCUGAGAGGCUGCUCGAGGUGUGGCGGGAAGCCAUUCCCGCCCUACUCAACCACCUUGGCAUCAAGCACGUCUCUAUAGGCUGCCACAGCGGCGGCACCGUCUUCGGACUCGACUUCGCUGUUCACUACCCGCAAUUCCUACACCCGUCGCGGCCGUACAUCGCCAUCGCUGGCCCCUGGGUCCACCCGUCGCAAUCGGGCAUGCUCAUCUGGUCGCUGGCCUCGUCACUGCCGCGCUCGCUGAUCGCUCAGACUGACAAGAUGGCCACCUUUGUCAACUCGACCCUGGGCCCCGCGCUGGGCGUCAUCGCCGCCGUCUCAGGCAGCGUGAUGCAGCUCUGGGCCCAGGCGAAGCCCACCGGUCGCGAGGGCCCGGACGUCGACCUCGAGGAGGGCAUGCGCGACCGUGUGGCGGAGUCCGUCUUCACGGGUAACGUGCGCGGGCUGGGCCAGGAGACGCAGGUGCUGCUGCGCAACGGGGUCGAGAAGGACGGCUGGUCCGACUGGGGCGACUUUGACGUGCUGGCGCCGCGCCUGGCCGAGGCGGUGCGGGGUGUUGGAGAAGCCAGGCUGAAGGUGGACGUGUUCUUUGCGGAGAAGGACAACAUGAUUGGCGAUGCGGGCACCAAAGGAAACAGGUGGUUCGAGGCGUGCUGGAGGGACGUGGACGGCGUGGAGUUUGCGAGCGAGACGGUCAAGGGGUCGGACCACGAUCGCGUGUGGGAUCUGCGGUGGGACGUGAUGGAAAGGGUGUUCAAGACGAUGGCGCGGGAGGCGCGAGAUGGUGGUGAGCGUGGGAUGUGUUUAUAA